CAUUAGUGAGGUCACCCAGUUGUCCGGGUCUGACAUGCUCGGACGUGACACGAUCGUCUUUGUCGCAUGGGACAACAGACGGUCGAGAACCAGUGAGUACCCUGACGAUCGGCCAAGCUUCAUGGAGCCGAAAACAUCCAAUCAAUAAGGGCGAUUCACUAACGUUCGAGCUGUAGAGUCCUUUUUCGACCGGCCUCACGCGAGUUUUGGCGCGGAGACAAAGCUUGGAGAAUUCAUAGGCCCAGUGGAACAGACAAGACUGCGCUCGCCCCUCUAUUGAGACCAGUUGAUGAGCACACACGGGAGCUCCCGAGUGAGUUCAGUCAGAUCGUCACUCUCGUCUGGCCGACAUCGACAAUCUAUAAGGCAGAAUCGACAUUCUCGCUCUCUCCAGCUUGUGCCUGUCUGCCUGCUCUGACAGGCAUUCUGGCUCGAGAAGACAGUCAACUGCUGGUUCAGUGACCCGCUGAGUGCCCUCGGAGAUGUCGAUGUUCGCGCCUAUCGUACCUGCUCCCCUGCCGCCGAGUCCGCUCGAAGCGCCUCAUCACGAACAUGGUCAUCGCCUCAUUCGCCAAGUCAGAAGUGACCGCCAACGAGUACAAUACCAUCUCGAGGUCACUCAGCAGCCGAAGCAAGCGCGCAUGUGUGGCACCGGUGAGAAGGCAGACCGGCGCCCAUUGGAUCCUCCGCCCAUCAUCCAGUUGCGUAUCGAGGACAGCACCGGUCAGGAUGUUACCAGCCCAACGGUAGCAGGCACGCGCCGUCACCAAGCGGCUUCACUCACCCAGAGUCCCUACUUCUUCUGCUUUGCUUCUCUUUGCUUUGCCGGCUCGGAUCAGGAACUCUACGUACUCAAUCCGGAGAACAAGACGCGCUACGUGACCGGCACCGUCGUCUCUUCGCUCUACCAUAUGCGAGAUGGAACGUCCAAUCCGCACGACUCGGUCUAUUUCGUCUUUCCCGACAUCAACAUCCGAGUCGAAGGCACAUUCCGCUUCAAGAUGAGCAUGUAUGAGAUUGUCGGGAGCGAGGUACAUCACUGCAAAAGCAUCUGGACUAAUUCGUUUGUGGUCUAUUCUGCAAAGCGCUUCCCCGGCAUGGAAGGAUCGACCGAGCUUUCGAAAGCCUUUGCUGAGCAAGGGAUUCACAUCCGCAUCCGCAAGCCUGCAACGAAGCGCAAAACCGCAUCAACCGGUAGCGAUUCACAAGAAGAGGGUUCGUCAGACGAGCCCUUCUUGCGAUGCGGUCCGAACGGCAAAGUACUCGGUCGUGGUCCCAAAGCGCGCAAAGCUAGUCAAUCUGCUGCAGCGGCCACUCGAGAACGCAGCGUUUCUACACCUGCUCGGAGUCCCAGAUCGGCAGAGCAGUUGGCCCAUGUGCCAUCGCAGCCCCUUGCAAAUCGUGCAGUAUACCCAUCUCAGCGAAAUUCGUCACCCGGCUCGUCUGAACUGCCCGACGCCGCGCUAUCAGCGCGAGGCAUGCCUGGCACUGUCAGCAAAAGCAAUCUUUCUGCCCAGGCAUCUCUGCAAGGAGUGUAUGUCUCCGAGCAUCGUCACGAACCGCAUCACGCGACUUCCCUACCGACGUUCUCUGUCAAUGUCCCUCCGCCCAUGAGCACGCGCUACGCCUCCUCGCUCGAUCAGCGCCGAAGCUCGCUUGUCGAUGCCAACGGGCGUUACUCUGUUUCACCGGGGAUGAGCAGCUACACCUCGAUGCAGACUGCUCGACCAGACCUUUACGACCAUGACGCGCAACAUGUCAUCUCACGAUCGCCUAGAGAAGAGCUACCUUUCGCAUACAGUCCAGGUUUCUCACACGCGCCUUUGCAACCUUAUCACGAGUCGCCCAUGGCACCACAGCAUGUUCCUAGACAUUACGAACAAUCUCCGCCUCGCGUAGCAUCAGAUAGACCUGCUUUGACAUACGAUCAGCUGCUGCAAUCGCCUCCUGGCGGCUUUUAUCAUCAAGACCCGCGAUACCAUCGCAAUAGCUCCAAUCAUCAAGCGCAGGAGCACUACGAACGCAGCCAGACGGGCCAUUGGCGCCGUCCAGGCUGCGAUCAGCAUCAUCAUGCGGCUUGAUCGAUAUGAAGCUAUCGGAGCCCGCAAAGAAGAGCAGAGCUCGCCAGCAUUCCACUGCAACCUGUACUCUGGUAGCAAUGCGAGUUCUGGCUGUAAAAUCUGGCUCACACAGCGCCAAUCAAGCUGUGACCGACUAUCAAUCUCCUUCGUUGAUCUCGGUGUAUCCUACGUCUAUUUCGCCGGGUCAGCUGACUGACACCUCUUUGUGGCUGUUUGCCAUCCGUCUACUUUUGAAUUUGCGUGGGCUCGUGGGCAUCUUUACCGCCCGCGAGAACUGUUGUCUUGCGCCAUUGCCAUCCCCUGUUUGAAUCCUGUG